UUUCGUUCCAGCGACAGCGCAUCGGACCAUACAGCAUCUCCACCACGGCACUCCAAAAGCAGUCUCAGAGGACGAAAAGGAGGCUUUCAAAACAAAAGGAAGAGGAAUACAGAAAUGGCUGAGCGUUUUGUUUUAACGCUUGGCAUAAUUUGUUAACGCGACAUGGUAAUUGCUCGUUGAUUUCAAGUUGUCAACCUUUUUUACGACGAUGAAGUACUAAGAGCGAACUGCAGCGGCCAGGAACUUUGCGAGGCCCCUCGUCACUUCUCACCUGUGCGUCCGAAGUGGGAGUUCGGUGGCGCGGAAGAUAGCGACAUAAUUGCAGACUUUUCAGGAUUCGGAGCUUGAAUAUUUGGGAAAACUUAAAAUUACAUUCCGAGUUCCCAGGUGAUGUGUGUCGUGGGAGCCUUUUCAUGUAAGGGAAAGGAUACUUCUUGUCGCUUUAUUUUCGACAAUGGAGCGCUAAUGAAAAGGGUAUUUUCGUUGGAUUAAGCUGCAAAUACCGCACCAACAGAAUGCGGGAGAGAGACCUACAGAGCAUGUGCAAAUGGGCUCUGCUGCUGACCUUCUGCCUGGUGUCUUUGUGGGGGAGACUGGCAUUGGCAUCAUCACACAGAAGUCAUAUAGUGCACGUCAAAGCUGGGACCUGUGAAGUCAUUGCAGCUCAUCGCUGCUGCAACAAGAACAAGAUCGAGGAAAGAUCUCAGACAGUCAAGUGCUCCUGUUUCCCGGGGCAGGUUGCUGGGACGACGAGAGCUGCUCCGUCCUGUGUGGAUGCAUCCAUAGUUGCACAGAAAUGGUGGUGUCAAAUGCAGCCCUGCCUUGAUGGGGAAGAGUGCAAAGUGUUGCCAGACCUGACUGGGUGGAGCUGCAGCACAGGAAACAAAGUCAAGACAACCAAGGUCACGCGAUAGUCCCGCCCCCUUCCUGAUCAGAGCACCCAGCGAUGGACAUCCUUUUGUAUAUGUAUAGCGACCAUAAGAAGAAUGGCCCUGCGCUCGGUUCUGCCGUGCAAGUGGACUUGAAGGCCCAGCCUGUUACUGUGGACGGGAAGGGGUGGGAGGCAGGCGCUCAGCCAUGCAGCGUGGGGGAAAAGACUCACCUCGCCUGAACAGGUGCAAGAAUUUGACCUGGAGGGCUCUGUGUUCUUGUAAACAUGUGACCAUGAAGACUACCAAUCUAUUCCAAUACCCUGUGUUUAUUAUCCCGGCUACUGUACUUCUACUUUGUGCGUACUUACAGUGGAUUGGGACACCAACCUUUAACUGCUCUUCAUCCAAUGGUAAACACUGGGAUUAUUCAACACAAGCCUGUUGAAGGAGACAUAUUGUAUCAUAAAUCUGACUUUAGAUCUCCGACACGUGACAGCGAUUGUUUUUUUUUUUUCCCAACCCACAACCAGUACAGUGGCUCCAAAUGUAUUUGUGUUCAGGAUCUAUUUUGCCCAUAAGCGCUUAGAGUACAUUCAACUUUUUAUGAAUUGAAG